CCUGAAUCCCGACGAGUCAGGAGAUCGAUCGAGCGAGCGAGCGAGCUCAGAAGCCAUGGAUGCUAGCCCAAGAUCCAUGGCGGCCACCGCUGUUGGCUUCAUCUUUCUCCUCUGCUCGGUGGCGUCGCUGCUCGGUGCGGCGGCGGCGGCCGCCGAGACGCAGUCGUACGUAGUGUACCUCGGCGAGCAUGCCGGCGUUGCCGCCGCCACCGCCACCGCCGCCGACAAGGAGGCGCUCGCGCGGCGGGCGGAGGACUCGCACUACGAGCUCCUCGCCGGCGUCCUCGGAGACAAGGAGAAGGCGCGGGAGGCGAUCUUCUACUCGUACACGCGCCACAUCAACGGCUUCGCCGCCAACCUCGACGCCGCCGCCGCCGCCGAGAUCGCCGGGAGAAAGGGCGUCGUGUCCGUGUUCCCGAACAGAGGCCACAAGCUCCACACGACGCGGUCAUGGCAGUUCCUCGGCCUCGCCGGCCCCGGCGGCGUCCCCACCAGCGCCGCCUGGCGCAAGGCCAGGUUCGGCGAGGACACCAUCAUCGGCAACCUCGACACCGGUGUGUGGCCAGAAUCAGAGAGCUUUAGGGAUGAUGGGUUGGGGCCUGUGCCAUCCCAGUGGAAAGGAGAAUGCCAGAAAGGUCAGGAUGAUACAUUCUCUUGCAACAGGAAGCUGAUCGGCGCGCGCUUCUUCAACAAGGGCUACGCGUCGGCGGUGGGCAAGUUCAACACCUCCCUCUUCAACACGCCGCGCGACGCCGACGGCCACGGCACGCACACGCUGUCCACCGCGGGGGGCUCGCCGGUCGCCGGCGCCAGCGUCUUCGGCUACGGCAACGGCACGGCCAGCGGCGGCUCGCCGAGGGCGCGCGUGGCGGCGUACCGCGUUUGCUACACCCCCGUCAACGGCAGCGAGUGCUUCGACGCCGACAUCCUCGCCGCCUUCGAGGCCGCCAUCUCCGACGGCGUCCACGUCCUCUCCGUCUCCCUCGGCGGCGACCCGGGGGACUACUUCGCCGACGGCCUCGCCAUCGGCUCCUUCCACGCCGCCCGCCGCGGCAUCGCCGUCGUCUGCUCCGCCGGCAACUCGGGCCCCGCCCCGGGCACCGUCUCCAACGUCGCGCCGUGGAUCUUCACCGCCGCCGCCAGCACCAUGGACCGCGAGUUCCCCUCCUACCUCGUCUUCAACAGCACCAGGAUCAAGGGCCAGAGCCUCUCCGCCUCCGCCCUCUCGCCGGCGGCGAGCGCCUACGCCAUGAUCGACUCCUCCCGAGCUGCCGCUCCCAACCGCACGCAGAACGAAUCGCGGCUUUGCAUGCUUGGUUCGCUUGAUCCGGCGAAGGUGAAGGGGAAGAUCGUGGUGUGCCUGCGUGGAGUGAACCCGAGGGUGGAGAAGGGCGAGGCGGUGCGGGAAGCCGGCGGCGCCGGGAUGGUGCUCGCCAACGACGCCACCACCGGCAACGAGAUCAUCGCCGACGCGCACGUCCUCCCGGCCACCCACGUCAAGUUCAGCGACGGCCAGCGCAUCUUCUCCUACCUCAAGAAAACCAAGAAUCCGUCGGGGACGAUCACGAGGCCGGAGACGAGGCUGGGGGCGAAGCCGGCGCCGUUCAUGGCGUCGUUCUCGUCGAAGGGGCCGAACACGGUGACGCCGGGGAUCCUGAAGCCGGACAUCACGGCGCCGGGGGUCAGCGUGGUGGCGGCGUGGACGCGCGCCAACUCGCCGACGGACCUCGCCUUCGACAAGCGCCGCGUCGCCUUCAACUCCGAGUCGGGGACCUCCAUGUCGUGCCCGCACGUCGCCGGCAUCGUCGGCCUGCUCCGGACGCUGCGCCCGGACUGGAGCCCGGCGGCCAUCCGCUCCGCGCUCAUGACCACCGCCACGGACGUCGACAACGACCGCCACCCCAUCCUCAACUCCUCCUCCGUCGCCGCUAGCCCCUUCAACUACGGCGCCGGCCACGUCUCGCCGAGCCGCGCCAUGAACCCGGGGCUCGUCUACGACCUCGCCGCCGCCGACUACCUCAACUUCCUCUGCUCCCUCCGCUACAACGCCACCGUGAUGGCCACGUUCAACGACGGCAAGCCGUACAAGUGCCCGGCCUCGCCGCCCAAGGCGCAGGACCUCAACUACCCGUCCAUCACCGUCGUCAACCUCACCUCCUCCGCGACCGUCAAGCGCACGGUCAAGAACGUCGGCACGCCGGGCACCUACAAGGCCUACGUCAACUCGCCGGCCGGCGUGCGCGUCGCGGUGAGCCCGGACACGCUGGCGUUCGCGACCAAAGGGGAGGAGAAGACGUUCCGCGUUAGCUUCCAGGUGACGAACGCCGCGCUCGCCAUGGACUACGCGUUCGGAGCGCUCGUCUGGACCAACGGGAAGCAGUUUGUGAGGUCGCCGCUCGUCGUGAAGACGACGGCGUGAUCGUGAUCGUGAUCGUCAUUAAUAAUUUAAUUAGGGUGUUAAUUGAUUGAUUAAAUUAGGUUUAGCCAGGAGGUGUGUAAAGAAAGAAGCAAACACUACUAUUUGUUUGAUUCGUUGGGCAGAAUAAAGCUUCAAGUAGUUUUAAAA